GGGAAAAAGGGAAUACCACGAGAGCUUCACCAUGAAGUUAUUGCAGGAGUUCGAGUGCGGCACAUACUCGUGGAAGUUGAAGAAAAAACUCAACCAGAGCACCCACGGCUGGGAAGUGUUCGUAGUUGCUGUUGCCGGGAGUGAUAUCAGUUUAAUUGACGAUGUCAGGUUUGACAUGCACCCGACUCUGGUGCCGCCUUCAGUUG